AUGAAAGCAACCGCUGCGGCCACGGCUUGGGCCAUGGCCCUGUGCUCCUGCGGAACAUCGAGCGCCUUCACGACACACACGUCGUUCUCCCGAGUCUCCGCGCCACGCAAUGCCGUGGGCAGGGCAAGUGCAAAGGGGACGCUGCGGCCACGAACGUUGAAUAUGGCCGUGGCCAUCCCCUCGGCGGUGUCUGUGGAGACAGCGCCUCCGGCGACGAUUGAUAUGGAGGGCGUGCAGCUGAGUGGACUGAACGGGCUGGCGCUCCAGCCGAAGACCUUCCCCACGAAGCGGGAGGUGAUGGACGUUAUUCCCAAGCACUGCUUCGUGAAGGAUACCGUUCGAUCAAUGAAGUACGCCGUGCUGUCGUGCGCCAUCACGCUGUCUAUGGGCGGGCUCGCUGCGGCCUUCCUUCCUCUCAAGCUGGCCAUGCUGCCGGCUUGGAUCGCGUAUGCCGUCUCUUGCGGCACCGCUGCGACCGGGGCGUGGGUGGUGGCGCACGAGUGCGGGCACGGCGCGUUCUCAUCUAACAGGCAACUGCAGGAUGCCGUCGGCUACGUACUUCACUCGGCUUUGCUGGUGCCGUACUUCUCGUGGCAACGCAGCCACGCGGUGCACCACGCCCACACCAACCACAUGGAGAAGGGGGAGACGCACGUGCCCGAGAUGGUCAGCCACAAGGGCUUCGGCCUCCAGAAGCAGCGCAAGCUGUUCCGAACUGUGCUGGGCAAGAAGCUCGGCACCGCGGCCUACGGGGUAGCCCAGACGUUCAACCACCUUGUGGUGGGCUGGCCGGCGUACCUCUUGUUCGGCGCCACCGGCGGGCCCUCGCGAGGGAUGACGAGCCACUUUUUCCCGCACCCCCCCUUCUCGACUGGGGAAAAGGGCACCGACCUCUACCCGGGGAAGUGGAAGAAGAAGGUCUGGCUGUCGGACGUGGGCGUGGCGGGCAUGAUCGCCGGUCUCGCGGCGUGGGCCUCCAAGGCCGGGGCGAUGCAGGUGGCGGCGCUGUACGGCGGCCCGCUCAUGGUGGUGAACGCGUGGCUGGUGCUCAUCACGUGGCUGCAGCACACGGAGGUGGACGUGCCGCACUUCGAGGCGGACAACUGGAACUUCAUCAAGGGCGCGCUGCACACCGUGGACCGCCCGUACGGCAAGGUGCUGGACUUCUUGCACCACCGCAUCGGGUCCACGCACGUCGCACACCACGUCGACUGCACGAUCCCACACUACCAUGCUCUGGAGGCGACCAACGCCAUCAAGGAGGCUUUCCCGGAGCACUACCUCUACGACCCCACCCCGCUGCCCCAGGCGACCUGGAGGCUGGCCACACAGUGCGCCGGGGUGGAGAAGCGCGGCGACAUGCACGUGUUCGUCACGAAAGAGUAACGGCUGUCGGUAACUACGUGUGCCCUUCAUGGCCGACAACUCGGCCGGCCCAGCCGCCAGGAGUGAAGAAGCGUGGCGACAUGCACGUUUUCGUCGCGAAGGAGUGAAGGCGGUGGUCGGUACAAACAUGUGCCGCUCAUGGCCGAAAACUCGGCCGGCCGGCCCAGUCGCCAAAUCGCCCCUGGUGUUGCCAUGCGGCUGGGCGGGGGGCUCGGGACGCCGGCAGUUGGGACGAGGAGACGAACGAAGAACACGAGCAGCCACACACUGGUUUUCAGCGUUUUUUAUUGUUUACAAGGGGAAAGGGUCGGGCGGGUUAGGGGGUGGAGAGGCAGGGACAUGUAGGCCAUCAAAAACUAGAGAACGCGGCGAGUGCUGCUGCAUUUGUGGGCUCGCCAGCAUUAUUUGAGUUUAUUUAGCCACCUGCCGGCCUCCGAUGGUGGAUCUUCGCGUUUUGCGCUUAUCUUAGUGCAUAGAAGCCAGGCAAAACCCUGGCGUGCGUUGUCAACUUAGCGACGCAAGAUGUUGGGGUCAUUUUCUCCCGGGAGAUUACAACGCAUUCAAGCGUUUUUAGUCUAGGGUUUUAAGCACGUGGCACACAAGACUAAGGUCUCCAUGUGUAGGCCCCCGAACGCGGCCGGAUAGGUACUGCCGUGAAGACUCCCCGUGUUUCAUUGGCCACGGGAAAGGGCAGGGAUAUCGCACGUUUCGUUUCCCAUGUGUUUUUGGGAUGCGCGGGCGUGCGGGCAAAUGGUUAAGGUUAGCAUAGGAUGGUACGUCUGUGUGUUUGGUCUACUAGCGGCUGGAAGCCGUCUUGGCCACUCCGUUUCGAACUGACCACUUGCUCAAGGGUGGUAUGUGUGUGAUUUUUUCUCCAGGCGGCGGGUAGGGUUUGGGGGGAAAGGGGCAGGGCCGCGGGUCCCGUGGUGAGUCGCGAAGGUCUAUCUCGCGGGGAACUAUUUAGAUGCGCGCACGAGUCGUUGUUGCUUCUCCGACCAUUUGAUAUCUUGUGGUGUUGUCUUUGAGUCUGGUGGUCGGGCGAGAGAGGCCCGUCAACCUUCUUUGUAUGGUCGAAUUAUGGUAAUUAGAUCUUCGCCGGCGAUGCCAUCGUCUGGGGUUUGUGCUCGUUAUGGCUUUGGUUUCGACGUCGGUGGUUGGGGCACGGCGUGCCUAUACAGUCGUUAGUCGAAUAGGGGUCGUUUGACGUGGCGGACCCAGUUUCCACCUCGCCGGAAUCACAGAUCCUUUGGAUUGUUAGACCCGAGGAUUAUUCUGAGGUGACGAAUUGGUCGUGUUGCCUCGUGGAAACCCUCGCUUGUUAUUUUCGUUUUGUGUUGGAAGCGUCGGGCGGCGAGCGUUGACGGUCUCUCCUGCUCUGCGUGUCUUGUUGUUUUGGGCUGAGUGUGCUAUUGUGCGUUUUGUGUGUUGUGCAUCAGGUUUACCUGGUAGUGUUUUUGGGCAGUACCGACGGCAGGGGAGAGGGGCCGCGAGGAGAACGGAGGUUGGAGGGAGGAACGAUGUAUGGUAUGCUAAAAAUAUGUAAGUAUGCCUGGUGAGCGAAGGUGGAAAUAUGAAGUACGGAACAG